AUAAAAGACUCGAAAUCGAGAAAGAAACAACUCAUAAUAAAAUCAAUUAUUGGAACAAUCAAGACGGAGAAGUUAUCGAUGAAGAGGAUAAAGAAGAUGUAAUUAGCUUGGAUGCAUCAGAAUUCGAGUUCGACGACGAAAAAUCAUUGGGGAUAGGAUAUGAAAAGAUGGAGUGGAUAUAG